AGCAGAACCGUUGCUCCCGUAACACUGCUUUAAGAUGGCUUUCAGAACUGGACAUGUUAUCAACUACCUUCUAAUCAUUUUGUUUGAAAACCGGUCUUAAUCGGAUAACGUGUAAAGCUUUGGAUUUAAAAGGGUCUGGCCACUGCAAGUGGCGUCCGAUCUCGGUGACACCUGCAGUUCCCCCUCCGACGUUUUGCACGGCGCUCGAUACCAGUGCUGUUAAGCUGGCUGUAGUGUUGAGUUUGUAAAUAUUAUCAGAUCUCCGAUCAGAUCAGACUCCAGCUAGAUCGGUGCUUCUGUUAAAAUGGCCACCAUGGAGAAGCUGAUGAAGGCGUUUGAGUCGCUCAAGUCCUUCCAGCAGCAGCAAGGCCCGCUGUCGGCCGAGGAGCUCGUCCAGAAACAGAAAAAAGACCUUGGUACAAGCAAGAAGGAUAGAGUGACUCAUUGCCUGACGAUUUGUGAAAACAUCGUAGCACAGUCACUGAGGACGUCUCCAGAGUUCCAGAAACUUCUUGGAAUUGCCAUGGAAAUGUUCUUGCUGUGCGCAGACGACAGGGAGUCUGACGUUAGGAUGGUGGCGGAUGAGUGCCUGAACAAAAUCAUCAAAGCAUUGAUGGAUUCUAACUUGCCUAGAUUGCAGCUUGAACUGUACAAAGAGAUUAAAAAGAACGCUGCCUCUCGGAGUCUGCGGGCGGCCCUGUGGAGGUUUGCUGAACUUGCUCACCUGGUGCGUCCACAGAAAUGCAGGCCGUACCUUGUGAACCUGCUGCCAUGUCUUACUCGGAUCACAAAACGACAGGAGGAGACUGUGCAGGAAACUCUUUCUUCAUCAAUUCCUAAAAUUAUGGCUUCUCUCGGACACUUUGCUAAUGAUGGAGAAAUCAAGGUGCUGCUGAAGGCCUUUGUUGCCAAUCUGAAGUCCAGCUCUCCCACUAUUCGUCGCACUGCAGCCAGCUCUGCUGUCAGCGUGUGUCAGCACUCACGCAGAACACACUACUUCUACACCUGGCUCCUCAACGUGCUGCUUGGUUUGGUGGUACCGGUGGAUGAGGAGCAUUCCACUCACCUGAUUCUGGGCGUGUUGCUGACUCUCCGUUACCUGAUGCCUCUUCUGCAGCAGCAGACUCCUAACACCAGUCUGAAGGGCAGCUUUGGUCUUGUGCGUAAAGAGGCAGAUGUCUCCCCUUCACCUGAGCAGCUCAUACAGGUGUACGAGCUGACCCUGCACUACGCACAGCACUGGGAUCAUAACGUAGUGACCGCAUCUCUGGAGCUUCUGCAGCAGGUGUUUCGCACUCCUCCCCCUGACCUUCUGAAUGCUCUCAUCACAGCGGGCAAAAUAACACACACGAGCGUCUUCAGAGAAGAGAUGGGGUGCCGAGCACGGAGUGGCAGCAUCCUUGAACUUAUUGCUGGUGGGUCAACAUGCAGUCCUCUUCUCCUCAGGAAGCAGAAAGGUAAACUGUUGUCAGGCGAGGAAGAGGGUUUGGAGGACGACCCUGAGAGGGCAGAGGUCACCACUGGGUCUUUCACUGCCUCAGUGGGCGGAGAUAGCGCCAGCGAAGCUCAAUCCUCGUCAGGCGUUUCGUCUCUUGGCACUUCUGACAUCAUCACCGAGCAGCCACGCUCCUCCCAGCAUGCCUUGCAGCCGGGUGACUCAGUAGACCUGAGCAACUCCGAGCAGCCUGAUUCUCCAGACGCUGAAGAUGAGGAGGACAUGCUGAGCCGUAGCUCGAGCGGAGGCGCGGGAGUCGUCAGCACGUCCGCUGACUUAAUAUCCGAUGGCAACCAGAUGUCGACGGGAGCCGCCUCAUCAUCGCCCCCUAGUGACAGUUCCCAGACGACAACGGAGGGGCCGGACUCCGCCGUGACGCCUUCAGAUUGCGCAGAGCUCGUAAGUGUCAUCAGCAGCAACAGACGUUAUCGGAACUACUCGCCACCUUCCCCAACUCUCACAGAAGGGCCGGAUCCGCAGUCCGACAGCGAAUCAUCUUCCUUCAGGCCAUCCUCUUCCUUCUUCUCUACCUCGUCUUCUUCUUCCACAUUUUCUGCUAUCUCCUCCUCUAGCAGUAGCGAUCAGGUGUUGGAUGGCAGUGAAAGUCAGUACUCAGGGAUGCAGAUCGGCACGCUGCAGGAUGAGGAAGAAGAGGGAGCGGCGCCAGCCGACAAACCUCCGGAGCCUUUCUCUCAGUCUGCCCUGGCUUUAAGUAAGCCCCACCUUCUGGAGGGCAAAGGUCACAACAGGCAGUCAUCUGACAGCAGUGUGGAUCGAUUUAUACCAGAGGUUCUGGAACCGGCAGAACUUGACAACAAGCCAUCACGGAUUAAAGGAGAUAUUGGCCACUACACUGACCCAAAGGAAGAGCCUCUGGUCCACUGUGUCCGGCUGCUGGCUGCCUCCUUUCUGCUCACUGGCCAAAGAAACGGGCUGGUUCCUGAUAAUGAGGUCCGUGUGAGCGUGAAGGCCUUAGCUGUCAGUUGUGUGGGGGCAGCAGCCGCUCUUCUGCCUGAAACUUUCUUCAACAGAUUAUAUCUGCACCCACUAGACUCUCAACAACCAGACGAGCAACAGUACAUCAGUGAUAUACUGCAGUACAUCGAACACGGGGACCCUCAGAUCAGAGGGGCCACAGCCAUCCUCUGUGGUGCUUUAAUCCAAGCCAUCCAACUAAAGACACGAUACAACACAGAGACGUGGCUGUCUCAGAUCCACAGCAUCACAGGAAACUCUUUGUCAAUCGAAGACUUUGUGCCUUUGCUGCAGCGCAGUCUGAAAGAUGAAUCAUCAGUCACAUGUAAAAUGGGAUGUGCUGCUGUUAGGCACUGUAUAAUGGCGCUGUGUAAUGGCAGUCACAGUGAACUUGGUUUGCAGCUUCUCAUUGACCUCUUGACCUUAAAAGAUUGCUCUUAUUGGCUGGUCCGCACUGAGCUGCUUGAGACGCUUGCUGAGAUUGACUUCAGGUUAGUAAGUUUUUUGGAGAGAAAAACUGAGAAGUUGCAUAAAGGAGAGCAUCACUACACUGGGUUGUUGAGACUCCAGGAUCGAGUGGUAAAUGAUGUUGUGCUGUACCUGUUGGGCGACGAUGACCCACGAGUAAGGCACGUGGCAGCAAACACCAUCAGCAGGCUGGUGUCCAGAUUGUUUUACGACUGUGACCAAGCUCAGUCGGAUCCGGUCGUGGCUAUAGCUCGAGAUCAGAGCAGCUGGUACCUACAGCUGCUGAUGCACGAGACCCAACCGCCAUCACAGUUCACUGUCAGCACCAUCACGCGGACGUACAGGGGAUACAGUCUGUGUCAGAGCACACCGGACGUGACCAUUGACAACAACCUGUCACGGGUCAUCACAGCCAUAUCUCACGCCCUCACCUCUUCUACUUCCAGAGCCAUGACUUUUGGGUGUUGUGAGGCUCUGUGCCUUUUAUCCAGCACUUUUCCAGUGUGCACCUGGAGCACCGGCUGGCACUGUGGCUUUGUGAGCUCCUCUGGCUUUCAUCUCAAUCGAUCCAGCCAGCACCGCAGCCGAGGACGCACCUUGAGCCUUUCUCAAUCUGGCAGUAAUGAGGACGUGCGCAGGUCUUUGACGGUAGGCGUGGCCAAUAUGGUUCUGUCCCUCCUCUCUUCCGCCUGGUUCCCCCUUGAUCUCUCCGCCCAUCAGUCUGCUCUGCUCCUGGCCGGAAACCUUCUUGCAGCUGUUGCACCAAAGUGCAUGAAGAGCCCGUGGGCGGGUGAGGAGGAGACUAACCCCGCCCCCUCCAAGCAGGAAGAGGCGUGGCCUGCUCUUAACGACCGCGCUCUUGUUGCUAUGGUGGAGCAGUUGUUUUCACACCUGCUGAAGAUCCUCAACAUCUGCUCCCAUGUGUUGGAAGAUACACCUCCAGGUCCUGCUGUCAAGGCAACUUUACCCUCAUUGUCCAACACACCAUCUCUUAGUCCGAUCAGACGUAAGGGUAAAGAGAAAGACAUGACAGAGCAGAGCUCCACCCCCAUGAGCCCAAAGAAGGGAGGAGAGACCAAUACAGGCAGAGCAGCAGACAGCACAGCAACCGCAGUGGUUAACAAAUCCACUACUCUCGGCAGCUUUUAUCACCUCCCUACGUAUCUAAAGCUUUAUGAUGCCCUGAGAGCUACACAUGCCAACUUCAAAGUGACAUUAGACCUCCACAAUACCAAUGAGAAGUUUGGGAGUUUCUUGAGGUCAGUGCUUGAUGUCCUUUCCCAGGUUCUUGAGCUGGCCACCCUCAACGACAUAGGCAAAUGUGUUGAAGAGAUCCUGGGUUACCUCAAGGCCUGUUUUUCACGGGAACCCACCAUGGCCACUGUUUGUGUCCAACAGCUGUUGAAGGCAUUGUUUGGGACCAAUCUUGCAUCUCAGUAUGAGGGGUCCUCAUCUAACCCGUGUCGGACCCAGGGCAAGGCCCUUCGGCUUAGCUCUAGCAGCAUGAGGCCUGGCCUUUAUCACUACUGCUUCAUGGCUCCGUACACGCACUUUACCCAGGCCCUCGCAGACGCCAGUCUCCGAAACAUGGUGCAGGCCGAACAAGAACAGGAUGCCUCUGGGUGGUUUGAUGUCAUGCAAAAAGUGUCCAAUCAGCUGAGGUCGAGCAUUACCAAUGUCACACGGCAUCGAGGAGAUAAGAAUGCGAUUCACAAUCACAUCCGCUUGUUUGAGCCUUUGGUGAUAAAGGCUUUGAAGCAGUACACCACCAGCACUUCAGUGGCCCUGCAGAGACAGGUACUGGAUCUACUCGCCCAACUGGUGCAGCUGAGAGUCAACUACUGCCUGCUGGAUUCAGAUCAGGUGUUCAUUGGUUUUGUGCUAAAGCAGUUUGAGUACAUUGAAGUAGGGCAGUUCAGGGACUCGGAGGCAAUCGUGCCCAACAUUUUUUUCUUCCUGGUUCUGCUGUCAUACGAGCGCUACCACUCCAAACAGAUCAUCAGCAUCCCCAAGAUCAUUCAGCUCUGUGAUGGCAUUAUGGCCAGUGGCAGGAAGGCGGUAACACACGCAAUCCCUGCUCUGCAGCCAAUUGUGCACGACCUGUUUGUCCUGCGGGGCUCCAAUAAGGCGGAUGCAGGGAAAGAGCUGGACAUUCAAAAGGAAGUGGUGGUAUCCAUGCUGCUGCGUCUCAUUCAACACCACCAGGUGUUGGAGAUGUUUAUUCUGGUCCUACAGCAGUGCCAUAAAGAGAACGAAGAUAAGUGGAAGAGGCUUUCAAGACAGAUCGCUGACAUCAUCCUGCCAAUGAUCGGCAAACAGCAGAUGCACCUGGACUCCCAUGAGGCAUUGGGCGUGUUAAACACACUUUUUGAGUCGGUGGCUCCCUCCUCUCUACGGCCGGUGGACAUGUUACUGAAGAGCAUGUUCAUCACACCGCCCACACUAGCAUCAGUGGGCACACUGCAGCUGUGGGUAUCCGGGAUUCUCGCCGUCCUGCGUGUUCUCAUCUCACAGUCCACAGAGGACAUCAUUCUGUCACGCAUUCAGGAGCUUUCACUGUCGCCAUACCUCCUCUCCUCUGCCACCAUCCAUCUUCUCCGUGACGAUGACCCCUUACCCCCCGUGGCCCCACCCGCUACUACAGAAGAAGACAAUGGGGAGCCUCAGCGCUUCCCUCCUGAGGAAACCUUUGCCAGGUUUUUACUGCAGUUGGUGGGGGUGUUGCUGGAUGAUAUAGCCAGUAAGCAGGUGAAGGUUGACAUGAGUGAGCAACAGCACACGUUCUACUGUCAACAGCUGGGCACGUUACUCAUGUGUCUGAUCCACAUCUUUAAAUCAGGAAUGUUCCGGCGAAUCACUGCGGCAGCCAGCAGACUGCUCAAGGCGGAGGGAGGAGAGGGGGGUAGUUUUUAUACCCUCGAUGGUCUGAACACCCUGGUGCUUCACCUCAUCACCACACAUCCAUCUCUGGUCCUGCUCUGGUGUCAGGUCCUUCUCAUCAUCAACUACACCAACUACACCUGGUGGUCCGAGGUGCACCAGACCCCAAGGAGGAAUAGUCUGUCUAGCACUAAGCUGUUGAGCCCACAUUCAUCUGGAGAAGAGGAGAGGCCUGAGGGAAAACUAGCCAUGUGUAACAGAGAGAUCGUUCGGCGAGGAGCCCUUAUCCUUUUCUGUGACUACGUGUGUCAAAACUUGCACGACUCCGAGCAUCUGACGUGGCUGACGGUGAAUCACGUGAGUGACCUGAUCAGUCUUUCCCAUGAGCCUCCAGUGCAGGAUCUCAUCAGCGCCGUGCACCGAAACUCUGCGGCCAGCGGCCUCUUCAUACAGGCCAUACAAUCGCGCUGUGACAACCUCUGUACUCCUGUGAUGCUGAAGAAGACCUUGCAGUGUUUGGAAGGAAUUCAUCUGAGUCAGUCUGGGGCUCUGCUCAUGUUGUAUGUGGACAAACUCCUUAACACACCGUUCCGUGUGCUGGCUCGCAUGGUGGACACGCUCGCCUGCAGACGCGUGGAGAUGCUGCUUGCCGAGACUCUACAGAAUAGUAUAGCUCAGCUACCUUUGGAGGAGUUGGACAGAAUUCAACAGUACCUGCAGACCAGUGGUCUUGCACAAAGGCAUCAGCGGUUCUACUCCCUGCUGGACAGGUUCAGAGCCACUGUUGCUGAAGAUACCACAAGUCCUGCCGCCCCCAUUACCUCACACCCACUGGAUGGGAACCCACCCCCUCCUCCUGAAAGCGUUGAACCCAAUAAGGAGUGGUAUGUCGAACUGGUAAAAGCUCAGUGUUGUUUAAGAGUUGAAGGAGCGCUAUAUGAAACCACAGAGCUGCUGACCAAACUUCCCCAAUCAGAUCUAAAUGCCAUAAUGACCUGCAAGGACUUUAACCUGUCUCUGCUGGCAUCGUGUCUGAGUGUUGGUGUACAGCGGAUGUGUAAGGAUCAUGGGGCGGUUUUAUUUGAAACUGCUCAGCAGGUGGCCUUUGAGCGAUUGGCCGGUGUUAUAGAGCUCCUCCCCUCCCCUCACCAACCUCUUCUCCCCUUAUCCAAAUCCUGUGAAGACUCCUACAGGGAGAAACUCAAUCAGGUGUAUGGUGAGCCCGGGUUUUAUCAGACUGUGUUGAGUCUGUGUGGGGUGUUGAGUCAGUAUCUACUGUCUCUGUCCAAACUACCCUCAUCCCUGAACAUUCCCAAAGACAGAGAGACACUCAUUGCCACCUUCAGCACCCUCGCCAUAGAGGUGACGGUGUGGCGUUUGCUGCAGGAUCAGCUGCCUCUGAGUGUGGACAUUCAGAUGAGUUUAUCAUGUCUGUGUUUAGCUCUCCAGCAGUCAGUGGUGUGGACGCACUUUGCCUCCCGGUCUUACCUCUCACACACCUGCUCCAUAAUCCACUGUAUACAACUCCUUAUACACGCAGUCGCUGUUGGUCCUGGUGACCAGCUUCUUAGACCGGAGAGGAAAACAACACGUUCGGAUCAGUCAGAAGAUGACCAGUUGGAUUCUGCGUCAGACAAUCGGUGUGAAUGGCAUUGUUGUGAGAUCAUGGCUGAACUGGUUGAAGGUCUGCAGAGUGUGCUUGCUCUCGGUCACCACAGAAACAAGAACAUCCCAGCGUUCCUUACUCCUGUCCUCCGGAAUGUCAUCAUCAGUCUGGCCAGGCUGCCCCUUGUAAACAGCUACACUCGAAUCCCACCGCUGGUUUGGAAACUGGGCUGGUCCCCCAGGCCUGGUGGAGAGUUGGGUACGGCUUUGCCAGAGAUCCCAGUAGAGUUCCUGCAGGAGAAAGAUGUCUUCAGAGAAUUCCUCUACCGCAUUAACACUCUGGGCUGGAGCAGUCGGACACAGUUUGAGGAGACAUGGGCCACUCUGUUGGGGGUGCUGGUCACUCAGCCAAUCGCAAUGGACCAAGAGGAGGAGACCCAGCAGGAGGAGGAUCUGGAGAGGACACAGAUAAAUGUACUAGCCGUUCAGGCAAUUACCUCUCUGGUGCUGAGUGCCAUGACUUUACCAACAGCAGGAAAUCCUGCCAUCAGCUGCCUUGAACAACAACCCCGCAACAAGAUCCUUAAAGCUCUAGACACUAGAUAUGGUCGCAAGCUGAAUGUGAUUAGAGGAAUGGUUGAGCGUGAGAUUCAGGCAAUGGUGUCGAAGCGAGACAACAUCGCCACGCACUUCCCCUAUCAGGCCUGGGACCCCGUGCCAUCAUUAUCAUCAUCUACUGCUGGAACCCUCAUCAGCCACGAGAAACUUCUUCUGCAGAUAAACACAGAGAGGGAGAUGGGAAACAUGGAAUACAAACUGGGUCAGGUGUCGAUUCACUCAGUGUGGUUGGGGAAUAAUAUUACCCCUCUGAGGGAGGAGGAGUGGGGUGAAGAUGAGGAAGAUGAAGGAGAUGCUCCAGCACCUGCCUCACCUCCAGUGUCACCAAUUAACUCCAGGAAGCACCGUGCGGGGGUUGACAUCCACUCCUGCUCCCAGUUCCUCUUGGAGCUCUAUAGUCAGUGGAUUUUACCCGGGAGCCCCAGCAGCAGAAAGACACCUGUUGUGCUUGUCAGUGAAGUGGUCAGAUCGCUGCUGGCAGUGUCUGAUCUCUUCACGGAGAGAAAUCAGUUUGAUAUGAUGUUCUCAACUCUGACUGAGCUGCAGAAGGUCCAUCCACCAGAAGAUGAGAUCCUCAAUCAGUACCUUGUACCAGCUAUCUGCAAAGCAGCUGCUGUGCUGGGAAUGGAUAAAGCCAUCGCAGAGCCAGUGUGUCGACUGUUGGAGAGCACCUUGCGCAGCACUCAUCUGCCCAGUAGGAUUGGGGCACUACAUGGAGUUCUGUAUGUACUAGAAUGUGAUCUACUGGACGAUACAGCACGCCAGCUUAUACCAACUGUCAGCGACUACCUGCUCUCCAACCUCAAAGCUAUUGCUCACUGCGUGAACCUACAGAACCAGCAGCAUGUGCUGGUGAUGUGUGCCGUGGCCUUCUACAUGAUGGAGAACUACCCUCUGGACGUAGGGUCAGACUUCAAUGCUGGGAUCAUUCAGCUCUGCUGUGUGAUGCUUUCCGCUAGCGAGGAGGCCACACCGUCCGUUAUCUACCACUGUGUUCUGCGAGGUCUGGAGCGAUUGCUUCUCUCCGAGCAGCUGUCGCGCAUGGACGCGGAGACGCUGGUCAAGCUGAGCGUUGACCGUGUGAACAUGCCCAGUCCACACCGCGCCAUGGCUGCCCUGGGUCUCAUGCUCACCUGCAUGUACACAGGUGUGGCUGGAGAGGAAGGAAAAGAAAAGGGAAGUCCUGGGUGCCCUGCAGAUGCAGACCCCACAGCUCCUGACAGUGAAUCUGUAAUAGUUGCCAUGGAGCGCGUAUCUGUACUCUUUGACAGGAUUCGCAAAGGCUUUCCAAGUGAGGCACGUGUGGUAUCCCGGAUCCUUCCUCAGUUUCUGGAUGACUUUUUCCCACUGCAGGACGUUAUGAACAAAGUCAUCGGAGAGUUCCUGUCCAAUCAGCAGCCUUACCCACAAUUUAUGGCAACCGUGGUGUACAAGGUAUUUCAAACACUGCAUGCGACUGGCCAGUCCUCCAUGGUCCGUGAUUGGGUGCUGCUCUCUCUGUCGAACUUUACACAGAGAACACCUGUCGCAAUGGCAAUGUGGAGCCUGUCUUGUUUCUUUGUCAGCGCCUCUACCAGCCAGUGGAUCUCUGCCCUCCUGCCUCAUGUCAUCAGUCGCAUGGGGAAGUCAGACACAGUGGACGUUAGCCUCUUUUGUCUCGUCGCCAUGGAUUUCUACCGACACCAAAUCGAUGAGGAGUUAGACCGCAGGGCCUUCCAGUCUGUCUUUGAGAUGGUUGCUUCUCCUGGUAGUCCAUAUUACCAACUGUUGUGCUGUUUGCAGAGCAUUCACCAAGACACGCCAUUAUAAUACAAAAAUAUUUCCAAACUAUUAUCAUUAGUCAUCAAUAAGAUGGUAACAAAUAUGGCCAAUACACUAAAUUGAACCGGGACAUUAAGUGUUAACGUUACACACCAGGAUGCAUGGCAGCGAGAAAUUAUCUUGGAUUGGAUAUGUGGAGGUGGAUUGGUUGCUAUGGCAGUAUCCACGAUAUAUAAAGACGUUGGCCCAAAUACUUAUUAUUUGAGAGACCUAAACAAAGACGCACGUCCACUGAAUGUUGCCAAUAAGUGUAAAUCUGAACGCAAGUAACACCUCUAGUCUUUAUAAUAAUUAAAAAAUACUCCAUCCAUCAAAACAAUGGACUUAAGGGUGUAACAGUAGAUCACCUUAUACAAAGGCAGGCUUUUCUUUUCCAUAUUCUGUUCAUCUAAAAUCUGUGGCAAGACAGCACAGUGUAAGUAUGCACGAGUUGCAAUUGUUUUUGUUAUGACAAUAUAUCUCAUUUAGUAAAGACUACCUACUAAUAAACUGACUAAAUGUUGUAGAGAAUGUUGUUUCAGACACUACAAGAGUAUCCAGGAUGAGAUGUUUACUGACCAAUACAUAAAAUUGCACGCAGUGGUUGAUUUCCAACAUGGCUAAAAUCUGUACAUCCAGGUUUAUCAUACAGUUUCCAUCUCCACAAAUCCAAACUCUCCUGCUUCCACCGAAAUGAAAGAUGCUCUUUACAGACUCGCCACCAGUCCCUCAGUUUUAAAUCAUUCCUGUUGCAUGGGCGACACAUUAUUUUGCUCUGUGUUUGCCAGCACUUGAAGCAAAAUAGAAAUAUAUAAAUUGUAAAAUGAGUCUCUAUAUCCCCUUUAAUGUGGGAGAUUUUGGUGUAUUUAAAGAUGCUUUGUGUUUGAUGGCAGUGCAACGUUUGCACUGAAAGAGGUUUGAAUUGUCUAAAACAAAUCCUCUUUAAAUUUAGUUGUCUAUAUUUGUUGUUUUAAAGUUACCAUUUAUUUGUUUUUAAACAGAGGAUGUGAAUCUCUAAAGCCCUUCGUAUGGUUUGCAGUUUGAAAUCAUUAAUAUAGCGGCUCGGAUCUGUAUGACAUAAUGUGUAAUUUACAACACAUUUAUCUUCAAUUGUUUGUAACAUUUCUUUUAAGAGCUCAGGACGUUGAUCUAGUGUAAUGACGAAGUAUGUGUUUUAAUCUAUAGAGUGUUUACAUCAUGUACAAUUUGUGUAAAAGAAAUAAUAUUUGUGAUGAGUUGAAUAAAAUGUGGUGCAUGACAACACCCAUCAAUGGACAUUAGAUGAUGUAAAGAAUAGGGCCAUUCAAACUGAAUGUGCGCAAUAACCCAGGCUUUCCUCUUUCGGACAUGGGGGAAACAUUAUAUUUUGUCUCUGUGGCAUAGGACCCUUCGCUGUAAAUAGAUAUCUUGUAUGUUAACUUGAAGCAUGCUGUAGUCUGUUUUCAAUACUGAAUCAAUAUUUUGUGAUGUAAUGAGAAUGUUAGUUGGAGGACGGUCUACAUGGGCACCACAUACUUCUAACAAUGACAGACAAUUUGGCAAAUGCGCACUCAUCAUGGCAUGUUUGUUAGUUUGCUAACAUGAAGACCAACUGGUCACGUUCCACUAAAUAUAUGUUAUCUAAAAUUGUAAGAAAUUUACUUUGUUAUAGUGAAGAAGAACAUGUACAUAGCACUUGAAACUUGAUAUUUUCACUGCUUAGUAAAAGCCUUUCCUUCUUUAAAAUCUAUAGGCAUAUUCACUUUCUGUUAAUAUUCCCCCAUGAUUUUUCAACAGUGAUGGUUUUACAGAUUAUAGCACCAUUAAAUAUUGAAUUGACAUCAUUGAAUAGGUUGUUCGGUAGCGGCUUUAAGGAUGUUGUAUAAUGUCAAAAGUAUUGAUGGGCUGCUUUUGUGAAUGAACUUGAAUGCCUUUAACACAAGCCACCAUUGUGGCUGGACCAAACAUGACAAUACUGCAAAAUUGUAACAUUUCUUUUGUGUGGCUAACACUGUCAUUUUUAGAUACAUCUGCUUGUAUAACCUUUUGUCCUGUUUAGUUUGUGUUCGGGAGACUUUAUAUUAGAAGGGGAGGAGAAACCCUGACUGGUUUAUUACAUCUCAGGUGAAACUUUGUUUUUAUUUUCAUACCCAGCAAAUGCAGGCAAUACCCAUUUGACGUUGUAUUUAUUUAUUAUUUUCAAAAGUAGGCAUCUUUAGUACUCAAAUUAGUGUUCAUCAUAAUGAAAUAAACACAAUGCUGGGCAAGAAUAGAAUGAGUAACUCACAGUAUGGUUUAUUUGGGGAGGAUGUCAGUUGUCCCUGCAUACUAAUAAACCCCACCCAUCAGUCUUGGAUGCCAUGAUGGUCUCGCACCGGAGCUUAAAGAAAACCCCCUUUAUUUGUUAAACUCACUUCUGCAAGCUAUGGACAGUACAAGAGGAUGAAAAGUUAAUGUAUUUAUUUUAAUGGAUUGUUAAAAUGUCUUAAACCACUAAAAACUAUACUAUAGAGAAUUAAUAAAAGAUUUUAAAAUGUUUAA